AUGAUAACAAGAUUAUUUAGAAUUUUUGAUCCUUCUUCAAGAGUUUUUUCUCUUCCUUUAAAUUGAAUUUCUACUUUUUUAGGUUUGUUAUUUUUACCUUUUAUAUAUUGAGUUUCUCCUUCACGUUGAGUUAUAAUAUGAUUAAAGUUUACUAAUAUAUUAUAUGGUGAAUUUAAAGUAAUUUUAGGAGUAAAAAAUAUUGGUUUAAAUGUGCUAUUUGUAUCUUUGCUUACUUUAAUUGUGUUUAAUAAUUCUUUGGGCCUAUUACCUUAUGUAUUUACAAGUUCAAGACACUUAGCAAUAACAUUAUCACUUGCUUUUCCUUUAUGAUUAUCUUUUAUAGUUUUUGGUUGAGUUAAUCACACUCAAGAAAUAUUUGCUCAUUUAGUGCCUCAAGGUACUCCAGGAGUAUUGAUGCCUUUUAUAGUUUUAAUUGAAAGUAUUAGGAAUAUUAUUCGACCUGGAACAUUAGCAGUGCGAUUAGCUGCUAAUAUAAUUGCUGGUCAUUUAUUAUUAAGGCUUUUAGGGGGAAUGGGUUCUUCUAUACCUUUAAGAAUUCUUUGGGUUCUUAUUAUUUUGCAAAUUCUUUUAUUAAUAUUAGAGUCUGCUGUUGCAGUUAUUCAAUCAUAUGUAUUUGCUAUUUUAAGUACUUUAUAUGCUAGAGAAGUAAAUUAA